AUGGCUGGGUAUGCACUUGGCUUGACUCGGCCACUGCUGAAUCGUCAUACCUACCCAAAUAGUUCCAUUAGCUGCGACGCUGUUACCUCAGUGGUCAUCGCCAGUGCGAACACUGGUGCUUCCGUACGGUUUCAUGAAGCGGAGAACUUAGGAAGGCCAGCAUCCCCCUAUCUCCUAUCGCACAAGGGCACAACGGCUCCGCCGCUGUCACUACGUCUGCAGCCAGCAGCGGUAGUCGCCAACUGCUGCAAAUCAGUGGAAGUAGAUUGCAUGUACGGCAUUCCGGGCUACGACACCCUUACGAACUUUGACCAUAAUGGCGACGAUCUGAUCCAGAUCCAAGAUCCGUUCGAGGCCAUUGCGAGCUGCAAUGCGGAUCCUGCAUGCAAGGGCUUUAACAGCGAGGGCUGGCUAAAGACAUUUGUGAUCCCCGCCAAGUUCAAGGCAGACGUCUGCCUCUACGUCAAGAUCUUGCCACCGCCAUCACCGCGGCCACCUCCACGCGCUUCAUCACCGCCGCCACUGCCGCCAACAGUGUGUCAGAACUUCGCUGGCUUCACUGUCAAAGCCGAUGUGGAUCACUCUGCAGACGACCUUCGCUUUUUCAGCAACCUGAACGACGCGGUGGCCUUUUGCCGUAACAACAGCCUGUGCAAGGGAUUCAACUCCGACGGCUACACAAAGACUCUGGCUCCUGCCUGUACAUAAAAACCCUGCAGUCUGGGUAGAUGAUGUGCACUCUCUACCCGUACUACCCGCCCAGCGGCCCAGCCAGACAGCCGUACCCCACAGCAGUAGCACACGUACCGGUAUCGGUAGUAUUCAAACAACAACACUAAAUCUCGUUAAUCUGAUUUAUGAUUGAACUAUUGGUUACAUGGAUUUAUGACUGAUUGCUGCAUGCCUCUACUGAAUUAGCUACUCGAUUAGCUUGUUUGCUAGUCCAUUCGUCAGUUGCCAUUAUUCAAGGGUUGGCACCAUUCUGGCGGUACAACUGUUCAUAAGGUGGUUGGUUGGUCGGUUAGUCGGUUGGUUGGUUGCUGGAUGCAGCAAACAAGCUCUCAUCAGACGGCACCGGGGAGCGAGAGCGUCUGCUGGCUUGAUGAGUAGCAAGUCCUUUUUACAUACGUACCGCCCCUUCCACGAGGCAUUGGGUACGGCAAUGCUGGCAAAGGGGUGCUCGGCAACUAACCGCUCUCCGUCGUGAAGCCAGCUAGCCACUAGCUAGCGGGAGCAUAUGCUUUGCUACGUCUCCCAGUAGAUUUGUAGCGCAGGUAACACUGCCAUGAUGAUGUAUGUGCGAGUAGUGCGAUAAAGGUGGGCAAAAUAAAGCCACCAGCGUGUGCUUGCGUAUCCGUGUGUGUGUGUGUGCGCGUAUGUAUGCAUGUGUGUGUAUGUUAUGGUAGGUCUCUCUCUGCGUGUGCGAUAUUGCGCGCUGCCCCAGCAGCUUUCUGCACACAAGCUGUCAGCUAUCUCCGAGGUGAAGUCAUCUGGGGUAGGUGUUGCCAUGUACGGCAGCGCGCCAUAAGUUGUACAGCUUAUUUAGGUAGUUUGAUUAAUAUGCAAAGGCUUAUCCGCCUACUACGCAGUAUGUGCGCGCUCGAAAGCCCUUCAUCAAUUUGCGCCGUGCGCAUCAUCAUGUGCGUGACUGGCUUGUAAGGACUACGGCAGCAGGGACGGCCGGCAAGGGCCUUUGGGUUGUGCACGCAACCUCCUUGGCAUGAAUGGCGCAAUCUAGAUGAGCAACGUACUCAAUCGUAUCCUUCACCGGAUGGAGCGGGUGUCGCUGCUGAGCCUGAUGCCGGUCGUCUCAAUCACCUAUUUAUAGCUGUAUAAUGCGAGACAACGUAUUUAGUAUUAAAAGCCCAAGUGCCUCUGCUAGACUCUUUUGAUUUUAUGAAGCGCGCCUGAGUCGAUUACCAUUGUUGGGGCCUAGCAUCUACUGUGCUUGCUUAACCGUAGUGAGGUAUUGUCGGAAGAUUUUCAAAAAGCCCUUGGACCGCGCGGCAGGCAUCAGGGCCGCAUGUAAGGUGACACACAUAUACACGCAACCAACCAUUUAAGACGCACUUUU